UGCGCUCGCUUCCCCAGUUUGACUCGAGAUGGCGUCCUAGACGCUCCAUCAAAAACGAGACGCAAAAAUAUCAAAUUUAUGUUUUAAACAUGGCAUUCUUGCAGAAUGGUCUACGCUCCAUGGCCUCCCUGUUAUUCCGUGACACACCGCAAGCUCUGGUACAGUCCCAGCAAGUUCGAACCAAGUUUGUAAAUAGAAUGCAAAUUAAGGACCAGAAAAGGCGAAUCACUGUCAAGAAGUUUGGAAGAGAGAGGAUGUUGUUGAACACUUUGUAUCGGUGCAAAGGCCUUCCGCCAGAAAUUCGUGAAAUUGCUCAUGAAGAUGUUAAAGCCCUCCCCAGAGACUCCAAUUUCAUUCGUUUGAACUAUCGCUGCUAUGCCACAUCAAGGCCAAGGGCAUGUAUUAAAGAGUUCCGUAUGAGCAGAAUUGUGUUUAGGCAUUUGGCAGACUACAAUAAUUUGGCAGCGAUUCAAAGAGCUAUGUGGUAACCCUGUAUUAGUUUCAGUAAUAAAUUCUACGUCAUGUAACAUAAUGUAGCAUGCAUUAAUCCUGCUGAAUGAAAACUUUUCAUUAAAUUUGUUGAAAGAAUUAUCCAUAA